AUCAGCCGCCAAUCAAGUACCAAAGUCAAUGGUACAGUGACAUCAAAUCAGACAUCCGAAGAUCGUUCGUCCCAAAGGGUCUGGCUCAGCGACCUCGUUUUGUACCGUCAGCCCUGGGGAUAUGCAUAGCCACAUCUGACAUUCGAGACACUCCUGAAGAUAAGAAUGUUGGAGAACCACUGCUCGCACUGGCUUUAAAUAUCCACUAUGCAUCCGAGCCCGACAGAUCAUGAAAGACCGUUCAAGAGAGUUAAGCUUUAUACCGCUGAGACAUCCCCCGAGUCCACUCAGUACAUGGACCACAAGUAUCUGAAAGUACCUUCAUAUGAACACAGCAACCCAGCGCACCCCCGAGUUCAGUACCCUGUCCACCGGCUCUGAACCCCCAACGAUGACGGCGAGAACCACGAUGCACAGCGCCAUGCUACUCAUGCCUGGCGGCUCUUCAACCCACAGUACGAUGUCGUCAGAGAUGCAGCCGUACCCUUUCCCGGCUGCAGCCUUUCCACAGGCCCCCCUGUCAGAUGUCCGUGGUCUGCCUGGCAGCGUGCCCUACGCCUUCAACCAGAUCCCCAUCCACCAGAGAGACCCCGACAUCGGGGGCCUCUAUUUCCAGGAUCACGAUCACUACACGCCCUCCUAUCCUCGCCAGACUGUUCCACCGCAGUCCUUUGGACCCGAUAUGGAACCCGUUUCCCAUAACCUCCCAACCACAACCGAUACCCUGUAUCCCGUCCCCCAAGACGGAUGGCUGGCCGUACCCGUGCCAGGCUCAUCCCCCAACAGUAGCGACUACCAAUUUCCCACAUCAUCCCAAUCCUCCUUUUCCCAAUCCCAACUCACCCCCAUCACCUCCGCCUCCCUCUCCUCCACGACCACCGACCUCGACUUCGAGCUCGAUCUUGAUCUCGACCUCGACGACAUCAACCUCCAAUCCCUCUCCGACACCUCCGCCCGCACCCAGACCCGAGACCUCACCAACUACGGCAUCCAAAAUCCCGACGGCACCUGGCGUUGUGCCUACCCGGGCUGCUCCUCACACGCCGUGUUCCGUCGCGGCUGUGACCUCCGGAAACACUACAACCGACACCGCAAGCAUCUCUUCUGUCGAUACGAGGGAUGUCCCCAGGCCAUGCGGGGCGGCUUCUCCAGCAAGAAAGACCGAGACCGACACGAGGCAAAACAUAACCCGGAGAUCCCGUGUGAGUGGGACGGCUGCCAGCGGGUAUUUAGUCGGGUAGAUAAUAUGAAAGAUCAUGUGAGAAGGAUUCAUAAGAGGAGGGAGUCUUAGCUCCUUCUCUCUUCGCCUUCUUCCCUCCUUCCCUCCUAUCUCCCUUGUCCCUCUCACCUCCCUCUCUAUACCUUACCCCCCCCAUUACCAUCUACCUUUAUCAUCUAUCCUCUUUAUUAUCACAUUGGAUUACUACCCUUUGUAUUGUUCCGCUUUCUCACAUCUGCUCUUCUUCAUCUUCACUUCACCUUCAUCUUCUCUCUUCUUUCUCCUCUUUUACUUUCUUCUCUGCUUCAUAAAGCGAAGAUCGGAAUACAGGACCGGACCGGACCGGCACGGAUCAGG